AUGGACUUGAAACUAUUCGCGCUGAUCAGUGUAUUUCUGAUAUAUCAGGGGAGCUGCGGCCCAAAGCAGAUAUAUAAAAUCAAAAAGAUUGAAUGCUUAAUAAAUUCAAAGUUUGUUUCCGAACCGUUAUGCUUUGUGAAAGCGAUAAAUUGGAAUAAGGCAAUCGCUCAAAUGGAUUGUUACAUUCUUCAACCUAUACGCAAUGUAACUGUUCGCUUGCGGGUCUACAAACAAGACUACAACAAUCAAUAUCAGCCCUUUCUAAUCGAUGUUAUAUUUAAUAUGUGUAACGUGCUCUCGAAAAGGAACUUUUCGCCUUAUGGCGUAAUAAUUCGAAAGCUAUGUGAACGGUAUUCGAAUUUUAAUCACUCUUGCCCCUUCGUAGGCCACCUUAUGGCCCGCGAUUUGUAUGUCGAUGAGAACCUACUGCCGGCAUUCCCGCUGGGUUUCUAUCAGUUUUCAAUUUUCAUUAUGGAAAAUCAUAUUAACGAUUACGAUUACAUUGGGGAAAUCAAGCUUUUUGUCCAUGCCAUGGAAAUGGUUCAAUUGAAUAGAAGGAAACCCAAGAAAAACGUAACGAAGGUGUAA